GGAGCCAGUGGCGGCGGCGGCGGCGGCGGCGGGAGCGGCGCCCGAGUCCGGCGCGCACCCACCAUCAUGCCGACGGUGGCGGAGCUUUACCGUAACUACGGCAUUCUGGCCGACGCCACGGAGCAAGUGGGACAGCACAAAGAUGCCUAUCAGGUGAUCUUAGAUGGUGUGAAAGGCGGCACCAAGGAAAAAAGAUUAGCAGCACAGUUUAUUCCAAAAUUCUUCGAGCAUUUCCCCGAAUUGGCCGAUUCUGCUAUUAAUGCACAGCUAGAUCUUUGUGAAGAUGAAGAUGUGUCAAUCAGACGACAAGCGAUUAAAGAACUCCCUCAAUUUGCUACUGGAGAAAACCUUCCCCGAGUGGCAGACAUUCUGACCCAACUUCUGCAAACAGAUGAUUCGGCAGAAUUUAGUCUGGUGAACAAUGCCCUGCUGAGUAUAUUUAAGAUGGACGCCAAAGGGACUUUAGGGGGCUUGUUCAGCCAGAUUCUUCAAGGGGAAGACAUUGUCCGAGAACGAGCAAUCAAAUUCCUUUCCACAAAACUUAAGACUUUGGCAGAUGAAGUCUUAACAAAGGAAGUAGAAGAACUUAUAUUAACUGAAUCUAAGAAGGUCCUUGAAGAUGUGACAGGUGAGGAAUUUGUCCUCUUCAUGAAGAUACUCUCUGGGUUAAAAAGUUUACAGACAGUCAGUGGAAGACAGCAGCUCGUUGAAUUAGUGGCCGAACAAGCUGAUUUGGAGCAGACUUUCAACCCAGCAGAUCCAGACUGUGUGGACAGACUUUUACAGUGCACAAGGCAGGCAGUACCACUCUUCUCUAAAAAUGUUCAUUCCACAAGGUUCGUGACUUAUUUCUGUGAACAUGUUCUGCCCAAUCUCAGCUCUUUGACUACCCCAGUGGAAGGCCUUGAUAUACAGUUAGAGGUAUUGAAACUACUUGCGGAGAUGAGUUCAUUUUGUGGUGACAUGGAAAAAUUAGAAACAAAUUUAAAGAAACUAUUUGAUAAAUUGUUGGAAUACAUGCCGCUCCCUCCUGAAGAAGCUGAAAAUGGAGAAAAUGCUGGCAAUGAAGAGCCCAAGUUGCAGUUCAGCUAUGUGGAAUGUUUGUUGUACAGUUUUCACCAGCUGGGCCGAAAGCUUCCGGAUUUUUUGACAGCUAAGCUGAAUGCAGAAAAACUGAAAGACUUCAAAAUCAGGCUGCAGUACUUUGCCCGAGGCUUACAGGUUUAUAUCAGACAACUUCGUUUGGCUCUUCAGGGGAAAACAGGUGAAGCCUUAAAAACAGAAGAGAACAAAAUUAAAGUUGUAGCUUUGAAAAUAACGAACAACAUCAAUGUUUUAAUCAAGGAUCUCUUUCACAUUCCUCCUUCUUACAAGAGCACAGUGACUUUGUCUUGGAAGCCGGUACAGAAGGCUGAGAUGGGUCAAAAGAGGACAAAUGAAGAUACAGCUUCAGGUUCACCACCCAAAAAAGCUGCAGCAGGACCAAAACGGGAUGCUAGACAAAUAUAUAAUCCUCCUAGUGGAAAAUACAGCAGCAAUCUGGGCAACUUUAAUUAUGAGCAGAGAGGGGGCUUCAGGGGAAGUAGAGGUGGCCGAGGUUGGGGAGGACGAGGAAAUCGUAGUCGGGGAAGACUCUACUGAAUACAUCACAUUCUUCAGCGCUGUCACAAGCUUAAAACACUCUUAAACUACCACUCAUUGGGUUGCUGGGAAUAGCCCUUUAAAGACUGCUGCCUUCAGGUAAAGACUUCAAUGUUCUUUAUACCUUUGUAUGUCUUGAUCUACUUUUCUAACGGAAUACAGACGUGUCCAACAAGAAAUCACAGCUGUAUUUUUGGAUGCUUUGUCAGC